GGCGGGUCCGCAGCUGGAUCCUCCUCGGACCGGGAGAGCUGCCUCGCCUGGCUCCCUGGUGCUGCGGGGCAAGCGCCUUGGGGUGGUUCGGAGGAGACUUUCCCUGGGCAGGAGGGAAGGAGUCGCCUGUUUUGGAGCCCUGGCUGGGAUGGAGCUGCGAGGGUCCAAUGUGCUUUGAAGAUAUAGCUGUUCAUUUCACAGAUGAGGAGUGGACUCUGCAUAAGGAAGUCAUGGAGGAGAAUAAUGGGAUCAUGGACUCUACCAGUGGUGAUGAAUUGGACAUUAAGAACAAGGGAAACCACGGCAAAGUCCACAAAGUGGAGAAACCAGAUAAGUAUUCAGAGUAUGGCGAGAACUUCAUUCAGAGCUCCUGUUGCAAUCAAACAAAUUCCAUUGGGAAGAAAUCCUAUCAGUGCUUGGAAUGUGGAAAGAGCUUCAGUAAGAAGGGCACAUUCAUAGUCCAUCAAAGAAUUCAUACAGAGGAGAAACCAUAUCUUUGCAUUGAAUGUGGUAAGAGCUUUACCCAAAAGGGAAAUUUCACUUCCCAUCAAAGAAUUCAUACAGGGGAGAAACCAUAUCAGUGCCUGGAAUGUGGAAAGAGCUUCAUCCAAAAGGGAAGUCUCACUUCCCAUCAUAAAAUUCAUACAGAGGAGAAACUACAUCAGUGCUUGGAAUGUGGUAAGAGCUUCAGUGAGAAGCACACACUUAUAGACCAUCAAAGAAUUCAUACAGCGGAGAAACCAUAUCAGUGCCUGGAAUGUGGAAAGAGCUUCACCCAAAAGGGAAAUUUCACUUCCCAUCAAAGAAUUCAUACAGGGGAGAAACCGUAUCAGUGCUUGGAAUGUGAAAAGAGGUUCUGUCGGAGUGCCCAUCUCACAACCCAUCAAAGAAUUCAUACAGAGGAGAAACCAUAUCAGUGCUUGGAAUGUGGUAAGAGCUUCACCCAAAAGGGAAAUUUCACUUCCCAUCAAAGAAUUCAUACAGGGGAGAAACCAUAUCACUGCGUAGAAUGUGGAAAAAGGUUCCGUAAGAACUGCCAUUUCACUGCCCAUCAAAGAAUUCAUAUAGGAGAGAAACCGUAUCAGUGCUUGGAAUGUGGAAAAAGCUUCACCCAAAGGGGAAGUCUCACUUACCAUCAAAGAAUUCAUACAGAGGAGAAACCAUAUCAGUGCUUGGAAUGUGGAAAGAGCUUCAUCAAAAAGGGAAAUCUCACUUCCCAUCAUAAAAUUCAUACAGAGGAGAAACCAUAUCAGUGCCUUGAAUGUGGUAAGAGCUUCAGUGAGAAGCACACACUUAUAGACCAUCAAAGAGUUCAUACAGGGGAGAAACCGUAUCAGUGCUUGGAAUGUGGAAAGAGCUUCAAUCAUAGGUCCAGUCUUUCUUCCCAUCAUAAAAUUCAUACAGGGGAAAAACCGUAUCAGUGCUUGGAAUGUGGAAAGAGGUUCAGUCAGAGUGGCAAUCUCACAACCCAUCAAAGAAUUCAUACAGGGGUGAAACCAUAUCAGUGCUUGGAAUGUGGAAAAAGUUUCAGUCACAGCACCAGUCUCACUUCUCAUCACAGAAUUCAUACAGGGGGGCAGUGACCAUUUAAAUGCUUGAAAUAUGGGAGUUACUUUAUGGAAGCACAAAGUUUCAUUGAAAUGAAAGCAGUGGAAAGACGUUCAGUCACAACACCCAUCUGACUUCCCAUCAAAUAAGCCACAAUGGGCAUAACCAUAGAAAUGGGUAUCUACAAAUUUAAUUUUAGGAGAUUGUGAUUUGUCUGCAGGCAAGGAUUGCAAUAGUGUGUAUGUCCUUCAGAAACACAGCAAAGAAGUCAAUGUUGUCUCUACAACCAUGGAGUGAAAAAGCCUUGCUGAAAUUGAGAUACACGACAUCUACAGCAUUCCCCUGAACCACCAAUGUUGUACCUUUAUCAUAGUAACCUUUUCCAAAUGCUCACUGGGUGACUGUUUAUCUUUUCUAGGACCUUUUCCUGGUACCAAUGUCAAGCUCACUAGUUUUUCAGUUAAUCUAGGUCUUAUUUUUCUCCCUUUUUGAAGAUGGGAACAAUAUAUUGCCUCCUCCAGUUUGUUCUCCAGGAAUUCUCAAAGAUCAUAGACAAUGGCUCUGAAAUCACACCUGCAAGCUCCUUUAAUACCCUUGGAUGCAGCUCAUCAGGCCCUGGAGAUCUGAAUUCAUUUAAAGUAGCCUGGUGUUCCCUUACUACCUUUUUCAUAUCUUGGGCUUCAGCUCCCUCUUCACACCAUUUAUUCUGUUACCACCAGGUUGGGCAUCACUUUCCUUUUGGGUAAAGACAGAGGCGAAGAAGGUGUUGAGUAGUUCCACCUUUUCUCUGUCACCCAAUAGCAUUUCUCCGUGUUCCCCAUGUAGAGGACCUAUCACUUGCUUGUUCUUUCUUUUGCUUCAAACAUAGCCGAAGAAACCCUUAAAAAAAUUAUUUUUAACUUUUCCUGCAAGCCUGAGCUCAUUCUGAGCUUUAGCCCACCUGCAACUGUAUACUCUUUUGUGAUUUUCCCUUUCUUAGAAAUGCCCUUCUUGAAUCUCAGCUGAUCUGUAAGCUCCUUAUGCAGCCAUCCUGGUAUCUUCAGAUGCCUCCCACUUUUCUUUCUUAUUGGAAUUGUCUGCAUUUGGGCCUUCAAUAUUUCACCUUUUAGAAACUCAUCCAUUUUGGAAUCCCUUCUCUUUUGAAUAUUUUUGACCAUUGGAUCUCACCCAGUGGCUCCUUAAGCUUUAUAGGAACCUCUAAUUCUUUAUUCAUUUCUUAACACCUGCAUAUCAAAUUGAUAACAAAUAUUCAUGAAAAAUAAUUGUGGGGUUUUUGUUGUUGUUCUAGUAUCUCGGGGGUCUCAGAAGCUGAAAAUGCUGCUGGUCCAAACAAUGUUGUUUAACCAAUGUUGUAGCUGUAAACAUUGUCAUUGGGUUACAUCUGAUUGCUGAUUUUUAUCACAGUGUUGCUUAAAAAUUCAUCUUCAGCAUCCAUCAGUUGAUCCAAAGUCAAAAUACUUGCUUCCAUCCAAUCUUUCCAUAUCACCAUCUUUCCCCAUUUUUUAAAGUUAGAUUUUCCUAUAAAGUCAAUAUAGCAUGGGAAAAUUGGCCACAUCUUUUUUUUAUUAGACAUUCCAUAAUUUAUAACUGACAUAAUUCUUUCCAAAGUUCUAACGUAUUUCGAUCCUAAUGCUGUCCAUCCAACCAAAGGUGCUAUGUAUGUAUAUUCCAAAGUUGCCUAAAUGGGAAAAUUAACACCAGUUGUUGGUGUCCAGUAUUUAACGCCUUGCAUUGUUAUAAAACUGUCAGGAGAAUUACAUGGGGAAACCCUCUUGUCGCUCAAGAUUCCCCAGGGAAGGUACCUUGUUGGUCAAGGGAAGAACCAAGGGAAUGCAGAGCAAAGCCACCAGCAAGCCAGAUCCUUAUUCAAAGAAUACUGUUGCGACAGCAAAGGAAGGAAGGAAAGAGACCCGCAACAAAAGGGUUUUACAUUUUAUACUUUUGGAUUUGGGGCAGUUCCUGUUGGUGCAAGAAUCAUUUGUUCUCAGAAACAAUGGUGUAGUUUAGUCUGUGUGAUGUUCCCAGAAGCUACAAAAAGCCUGGACCGUUUACAUCAGGUGCAAGGACAUGUUGAAGAAUGUUACCUGGACGUGCACAGCUCCUGAGCUGAACUGUGGGAACUGUCUUAGUCUGACCUCUGCCUUCGAACUGUGAAGAUGUAAGCAGAGGGUCUGGUAGCCUAUGAGACUGUUAAGCAGACCUCUACCAGGGUUCCAAUAGAAAUAUUGAUUUCUGUAUAUAAUCUGUAACCAUUACGCUUAAUGCUGACAUUAAAAGACUUCUCUCUA